GUGUUUCCGGUAGCGACUUCGAUGGCGGACUCGGCGGCUGUGGCUUCCUGGAGAAGUUCAAAACUUACAAUAUAACAGAAAAUAUGUCUAGAAAUACCUCAAAUACUUGAUUUUUCUAACACCAAGAAACGGAAGUUGAAUUUGGAGCGAUGGAGUGUUAUCUGAAGUGAAGAUUGAAGACGUGAUAGAAGAUGGACGACUACUGCUAUGCUAAGACGGCGACGUCCGCUAAAAGAGAACAUGAAAGACAAUCACUAACGGAGAAAAAGACGAAAACUGCAGAUGAAUACAUCCAGCAGCUGACUGGUCAACCAGAAGAACUUCCCAUUCCGUCAGGAGGGAGCUCCACUUUGAAGCAGGAGACUCCACAACCACCCUUCAUUAAAAAGGAAGAGGAGGAACUCUGCAUCACUCAGGAGGGAGAGUGUCUUCUAGGACGAGAGGAGGCUGAUCUCACCAAGUUGCCACUGACUGUUGUCUCUGUGAAGACUGGAGAUGAUGAAGAGAAACCCCAUGCAGACAACCUCUUAACUUCGCUUUCAGAUAGUGAGGCUGAAGACGAGGUUGAAGUAACUUUGAGCAGCGAUACAGACUGUGAAGGUGAUAUGAGGACUCACACUGACAACAAACACUCUAAACGCUCUAAAAAGAAGAGAGGUAAAACGCAUUUGAGCUGCUCAGUUUGUGCGAAAAGCUUUACCAAAAAGUACAAUUUCACUCAACACAUGAGAACACACACAGGAGAGAAACCAUUUCAGUGUUCGGUUUGUAGUAAAAGCUUUUCUCAAAAUAGCAUUUUGACUGUACACAUGAAAACACACACAGGAGAAAACAAAUUUAAUUGCUCAGUUUGUGGGAAAAGCUUUUCGAUAAAGAGCUAUUUGACUGAACACAUAAGAAGAACACACACAGGAGAUCAAACAUUUCGUUGUUUCGUUUGUGGCAAACUCUUUACCCCAAUGUGCAAUGUCACUCAACACAUGAGAACACACACUGGCCAAAAACCAUUUAUUUGCUCAGUUUGUGGUAAAAGCUUUUCUCGAAACAGCUAUUUGAUUCCACACAUGAGAACACACACAGGAGAAAAACCAUUUAACUGUUCAGUGUGCCGUAAAAGCUUUUCUGUGAAGUGCAAUUUGACCGAACACAUGAGAACACACACACAAGAGAAAAAACAUUUAGUUGUUCAGUCUGUAGUAGACACUUUUUUUCCAGGCAUGGUUUGACCAACAUAUGAGGAAACACACCGGAGAAAAACAUUAAAGUUGUUCAGUUUGUAGUAAAAAAAAAUCCAACAUAAUGCAGACAGAGUAAGAACACACAAGGGAGAGUAACCAAUCAGCUGUUAAGUUUGUGGUAUGGUGCUCAUAUGUGGCGACAUCCACCCAAACCCAGGGCCUCCUUGAAUACCUCUGUGAAAUGUAUCCAAUUUGUUAUUAAACAGUUUUUCAACAAUUUUAGAAAAUUGUGGAAGUAAAGAAACAGGUGUAUAAUUUGUAAAUUGGUGUUUGUCUCCAGUCUAAUAAAUCUGGAUUUUUUUUUGCUAUUUUCAUUUUGUUUGGGAAUUUGCCUGUUUGAAAUGACAGGUUAUUGAUCUACGUUAAUGGUUCUGAGAUCUGUUCCAUACAUUUUUGAUUCUAUAUAAAUUCCAUUUCAAUCAGUUGAGGUCUUCGAUUGACAUAUUAGUCACGAUUUUAACUCUUUCCUCUUGCGUGACGAACAUUGAGUUGGGUUUUCUAUCUAUGGUAUAAUUUUAGUCCUCAAUUGAUAAUGUGUCUGCAAUCCUUUCCUCCGGUUUUGGUCCAAUAGUCAAAAAGUAAUUAUUGAAGCUUUCAACUACUUCCUUCAUAUCGUCAUUAUUUACGUUUCCGAGGGUAAACUCUCCUAGUGCCAUUUUUAAUUAUACUAUUAAGGAUGCCCCAGGUUGCUCUCAUAUUGUUUUUGUUUUCUGUCUAAUAAUUGACUGUAAUAUUAUUUUCGACAUGUUCAUUGUGUUAGAAUAAUUGUAUCUAAGUUAUCACAAAAACUUUGUGUUUCAAUGAGUUCCCAGCGAAAAGCAAAAACAUGUCUUUGAACCUACCAAGAAGAAGGCUUGUAAAACUCCACUGUGUAGGGGGGGAAGCAACAUGAAGGUGUUCUGUUUUCUUUCAUGUAUUGUAAUCAACAGAAAGAUAUUGUUUUAACCCAAGGACUACAAAGCGGAGAGAAGGCAGGAUCUGCCCAAGUUCCAGACACGUUUUUUCGAACUCUUUUACGAACCUCUUUUUGAAGUCUUUUACAAACAUUUCUUUGAACUGUUUUACAACCUUUUCUGUGAAGUGUUUACGACCUUUUCUUUUGAACUGUUCUGUAACCAAAGGCAACACUGUUUACGACCCACGUCCCUUUGGAAGCAGCUGUUGCCAUGUGGUCAGGGAAAGUCCAAAUAAAGGAGGAGGCAUACAAUCUUUCGCCAGAGCGUGCUGGAGACCGUACAAGA